AUGACUGGCCGAGGAAAGGGAGGUAAAGGUCUAGGAAAGGGUGGCGCCAAGCGUCAUCGCAAGGUUUUGCGUGAUAACAUCCAGGGAAUCACCAAGCCCGCUAUCCGUCGUCUGGCUCGUCGUGGAGGAGUCAAGCGUAUCUCCGGUUUGAUCUACGAGGAAACUCGUGGUGUGCUGAAGGUAUUCCUGGAAAACGUGAUCCGUGACGCUGUUACCUAUACUGAACACGCCAAGCGGAAGACCGUCACUGCCAUGGACGUCGUCUAUGCCUUGAAACGCCAGGGACGAGUUGAACAAACUGCUCUCGGGCGUCACCAUCGCUCAGGGAGGUCCGCAAUGGCUCGUACCAAGCAAACCGCUCGUAAGUCCACCGGAGGAAAAGCUCCUCGCAAACAGUUGGCCACUAAGGCUGCUCGUAAGAGUGCUCCAGCCACCGGAGGAGUCAAGAAGCCUCAUCGUUAUCGGCCAGGAACCGUUGCUCUGCGUGAGAUCCGUCGUUAUCAGAAAUCCACCGAGCUGCUGAUCCGCAAGUUGCCCUUCCAGCGUCUGGUUCGUGAAAUCGCUCAGGAUUUCAAGACCGAUUUGCGUUUCCAGAGCUCGGCCGUCAUGGCUCUGCAGGAAGCUAGCGAGGCCUAUCUGGUUGGACUUUUUGAGGACACCAAUCUGUGUGCCAUCCAUGCAAUGACUGGCCGAGGCAAGGGAGGAAAAGGUCUAGGAAAGGGUGGCGCCAAGCGUCAUCGCAAGGUUUUGCGUGAUAACAUCCAGGGAAUCACCAAGCCCGCUAUCCGUCGUCUGGCUCGUCGUGGAGGAGUCAAGCGUAUCUCCGGUUUGAUCUACGAGGAAACUCGUGGUGUUCUGAAGGUGUUCCUGGAAAACGUGAUCCGUGACGCUGUUACCUAUACUGAACACGCCAAGCGGAAGACCGUCACUGCCAUGGACGUUGUCUAUGCCUUGAAACGCCAGGGACGCACUCUGUACGGUUUCGGAGGUUAAAUCAUGGAAUCAAUGCAAGCAAAAACGGCCCUUUUUAGGGCCACAAAUAGUAUUUUGGAGGAAAUUGACUUGAGUUUUUUUUAUUGUAUAAUGCACGGAAGGAAGGGUAGCUAAGCCAAUCUUCUCUGUAUCGUUCCAAUUUUAGUAUAUGUUCAAUCAAUACAAGUUUAUUUCUACUUGUUGAAACUCGGGAUCAGGCAAUCCGCGUAUUGACAGUCGAUGGGGAAACU